ACAUUUUGAGCGGAUUUAACCUCAAAGUUGCACCAAAACAUAAACAAAGAAGUCGGAGAAAGUUGUUGCUGCAGGAAAAUUUAAUUUUUCCUCAUUUGCAAGGGAGAAUUUUACAAAAAUAUUUUAUUGUAUUGUGUAUGAAUGCAGAUAAUGUCAUUUUACGAAAACAUCAUGUAUCCAGAUGAUUCGACAAAUCCAGAAAAUGCCAGAGAAAAGAGAUCAGUUUUGGGCUUUCCCUAUGGGAUGCCAAGGAGUGGUGCCUGGACAAAUCCAUGGACAUAUGCUGCUCAUCCCAGUUUGAUGGAAUUCAGAGGGACUCCAGUGAUUCCAACUCCUCCGAAGACACAGAAACGUCGUUCGGAUAUUGAGCCAACGGUGCCAGCCAAGAGGGUUCUGACAGAGGAGAAAAUGGCAGCACAUCUCAAUAAUCUUCACAUAAGCAGUGACUUCACAUCCCACAGCAAUUCCUCAGACUUCGAUCUGGAGGCAGAGAUGCAGCUGGAGAGUGAACAGCCGUCGCAGUAUCUGGUGAACAUGACUCAGUGGGAUCUGGAGCAGAAAUUGAGGAAUGCUCAGAGGAUCACAAUUUGUGAUCAAGUGAAGAAUCUCGAGAAGACUGACUCAAUCAUCCCUAAGGUUCUCCUCGACAAAAUUGAAAAUCCCUGCACUGCCCUCGUUCUCUGGCAGCCACCAACGAUCCUGCAGAGGCUAAUUGUGCCCCAGAAGGAGCUUCCACAGGACAACAGCACGGAGGAUGAGGAAGAGGCUGACAACAAUAACUCUUCAGCUGUUGAUCUCAACAAUUUUGCAAUGGACACGGAUCUUUGAAUGCAAGCGGACAAAUUAGAUUUUAUAUUUUCAUUUUCAAUAAAAUAUCGUGAUAAGAGUGAAGAAAA